UUUUUGUUGUUGGUGCCAGAGAAAAAAAGCGAAUCCUUGCUCUUGAUAAAUACCAAGUUUGUAGGAAGUGCACCGCUAGUACCACACGCGUAACUGACCGCUUUAAAUGUGUUCCCGACGCAAUGGCAACCGAGUUUCAGUUUUACCUUACUCAUCUGAACAAUUUUUUCAAUACCGCCAUUGAAAACAGCAUGGAUACAGAUGAAGGAGAGUCAUCGAGCAGUGGACCAAUUUCGACACUAAACAGCCUGUUUUCCUUCACGAGUCCGGCAGUAAAGAAACUGCUCGGGUGGAAACAGGGAGACGAGGAAGAGAAAUGGGCAGAAAAAGCGGUGGACAGUCUAGUGAAAAAGUUAAAGAAGAGAAAAGGGGCCAUCGAGGAGCUGGAGAGGGCUUUGAGUUGCCCGGGACAGCCCAGUAAAUGUGUGACUAUACCGAGGAGUCUGGAUGGUAGAUUGCAGGUUUCUCACAGAAAAGGCCUACCGCACGUGAUCUAUUGUCGCGUGUGGCGAUGGCCAGACCUCCAAAGUCACCACGAACUGAAACCCCUGGAACACUGUCAGUAUCCAUUUUCGGCGAAACAAAAGGAGGUCUGCAUCAACCCUUACCAUUACAAACGGGUCGAAAGUCCCGUUUUGCCCCCGGUCUUGGUCCCUAGGCACAACGACUUCGUACCCGGCCACUCUCUCUUACCAUUCCAGCAGCUGGUCGAGCCGAACAUGCCCCAUAACGUCAGUUAUUCCUCGAAUGGUUUUAACGGGGGUCAUAUGAGUCCCAGCUCGCCUAUAUCGAGCGUUUCUAGUCCCGGUAGCGUGAUCUCCAACAAUCCACAAUCGCCUUAUGCGAAUUUAGCGGAGACUCCGCCACCAGCUUACAGUCCCACCGAUGAAAACGCCUCGACCACGAGUACCACAACGACCAACAAUAAUCCGAGUCCGGAACCGCCGUUGAGCGUGACGCAGGACGUGCAUCCGGUACCAUACCAGGAUCAACCGUUUUGGGCUUCGAUCGCUUAUUACGAGUUGAACUGUAGAGUGGGGGAGGUGUUUCAUUGCCAUUCUACGUCGGUGAUUGUGGACGGAUUCACCAAUCCGAGUAAUAAUAGCGAUCGGUUUUGUUUGGGACAGUUAAGCAACGUGAAUAGGAACAGUACCAUCGAGAACACUAGGCGGCACAUUGGCAAAGGAGUGCAUCUAUAUUACGUAAACGGCGAAGUCUACGCGGAAUGUUUAUCAGAUUCGGCGAUUUUCGUGCAGUCUCGAAACUGUAACCACCACCACAACUUCCAUCCCUCGACGGUCUGUAAAAUACCCGCGGGAUGUUCCCUGAGGAUAUUCAAUAAUGCGGAAUUUGCCCAGCUGCUUUCCCAAUGCGUGAAUCACGGAUUCGAGGCGGUUUACGAGCUUACCAAAAUGUGUACCAUUCGGAUGAGUUUUGUUAAGGGAUGGGGUGCAGAAUACCACCGACAAGACGUAACGAGCACCCCCUGCUGGAUCGAGAUCCACCUGCACGGUCCACUUCAAUGGUUGGACAAAGUCUUAACGCAAAUGGGUGCGCCACAUAACGCCAUCAGUUCCGUCUCUUAAAUUGAGUUUUCGCUUUAUUAUUAUAGUGAGUAAAACUACUUAUAAAUAUUUCCCGAUUGCAGAGAAAUUUGUACAUAUUUAUUUUAACUACUUGAUGAAGUGUCGAAAUCGGGGAGGAGGGGUUGAUUUGAGCGGCUCGUGAAAUCGUCCCCUUUCUCUAAACCACGUUGUGCCAUCAGGAUGAUUUUGUGCAAAAAAAGAAAUAAAUAGGAAACAUAAACACUUCCCGAUAAUAUUUAGAAUUUUCUACUGUGGUAUUUACCUUAGAACUUAUAAUUUCUCAUAUGUAUAGUGCAGUCGAUCUGGAUGAAGUAAUACCGAAAUGUUUAGAAAAAUCCAGGCAAUCGUACAGGACCUUAUACUUUUGCCAUAUUUUAAAAGUAAAACUUGGGUCUUAAAGAUACACUUUUCAUUGCCAGGAUUUUUUUUUACUUCUGAAUGAUUGUACUGGCAAUUAUAAGUCGCGUAAUGAUAGUUUUUUUUAUUAUAAUUUUACCAUUUAUUAUUGUAUAUUGUUUUUUUUUUUGUUUGCAUCAUAGUUUAGCACGUAAGUUUUUUUUGACAAGAAAUUUUUUAUGUUACGUUGAAAUAUUUGAAUAAUAUUAUUUAGUAUG